GAUGAAACACGAGUCAUACUGGAAAGUGCAUUUGCAGGUGACUAUAUAAACGCAAAUUUCGUAUCGGUCAAGGAUUUUCCCUCAAGGCGCUACAUACUGACGCAGGGUCCCCUUCUACAAACGGCAGGCCACUUUUGGCAAAUGAUUUGGGAUCAAAAGUGUCCUGUUAUAAUUAUGCUCAAUCGUCACACUGAAAAAGGAACUGUGAAAUGUUUUGAGUAUUUUCCCGAACAUGGUGAAACACUUAACUUCCCUGAUGCGGAUUUUUCUGUUACGUGUGCUUCUGAUUCACCAAAACGAAUGUAUACGGUCCGUUCUUUGAAACUCACCAACGUCUCCACCAACGAAUCCCGUGAGUUGUUGCAUUUCCACUACACCCAUUGGCCAGAUUUCGGCGUGCCAGACUAUUCAGGCAGCAUGUUGAACUUCCUGUGGGACAUCCGUCGAACCGGUGCUCUCGAUUGCCCAGAGCGACCUUGCGUUGUCCACUGCAGCGCUGGUGUUGGUCGAUCUGGCACAUUUGUGCUGAUUGAUCUCGCGUUGGCUAUGAUGGACUUUAUUGAUUGA